AUGUUAAUAGAACUCUUGGCACUGUUGGCUGUUGUUCCGACUGGCUUACUAGCGUUUUAUAUUUGGCUCCUUCAAAGUAGAAAAGGUACCCUAGAAAUCACAACCACCGAAUGUGCAUAUGAUAAGAGUCAAUUUGGUCACAUAUUGAAUUGGGAUAAACAUUGCUUAUAUAUUCAUGGUCGUCCAACUAUAAUAGUCAGUGGAGAAUUUCAUUAUUGGCGUCUGCCCGAUAAGUCUCGUUGGGAAAGUAUUUUGAAAAAAUAUUGUGCUGGUGGUUUCAAUUGUAUUCGUAUAUAUUUCCAUUGGGGUUUUCACAGUCCUGACGAAGGAGUUUAUAAAUUUGACGAUAACAGGGAUGUCGAAUAUUUGUUAAAUCUAUGCGAGAAAUUGAAUUUGUAUGUUUUAGCUGCUCCUGGUCCUUAUAUUUGCGCAGAAACACAAGCUGGUGGAUUUCCAAUUUGGUUGGUGGAGAAAGCUGAUAAAUUGCGUCAUGUAAAAUUUACCACAUUUAAACAAUAUGAUGAAAACUUUUCAGAGUAUCAGCGUGAAUGGUUUGAAAAUAUUUUACCUAUACUGGCAAAACACCAAAUAACUGAAAAAUCAAAUGGUUGUAUUAUAGCUUUACAAGUCGAGAAUGAGUUGUUCGAGUUGGUUAAAAUUAUUCCAUUUGGUUUACAUGACGAACUUCGGUUCUUAUGUAAAGUGGCAAGAAAUUGUGGUAUAAGUGUACCAUUGUUUACAAAUGAUGGUGAUGAAUCUGGUUCUUUUAUUGCCAAACCUGAACUUGAUGCUAAGCCUUCAACUCAUUUUUUUAAUCGAAGGACAUUUGGUUUAGAUCUUUAUGGUUUUGAUAAAUAUAUUGUAUUUGUGCCACCAAGCGCACCUGUACCUUGGACAUUUUAUGAUGAACAGGAUCCAAGUAAAUGGAAACAAUGGGAUCCUAAGAAUUUUAUGAAUUCAAUUGAUAAACUUGAAAAAACAAUUCGAGGCUUUGGUUAUGAUGCUAAACUUCAAGGUGGUUGGUUUACAAGUUAUAAAUUAAAUCAUACAUUUGAUGAUGUCUAUAAUUUUUAUGGUGAUUUUUUUACAAGACUUGUAUAUGAAUCCGUCCUUGCGCAAGGAUCUACUAUUGCUAGUAUUUAUAUGACAUAUGGUGGAACUAAUUGGGGAACUUUAGGAGAUGUUGACGGGUGCACCUCAUAUGAUUAUUCUGCAUGUAUUCGUGAAUAUGGUUACAUGUCAUCACGUUUACACAAUUUGCGUUUAACAAUAUUAUUUGUGCGGAGCUUUUCUGAUCUGUUCUCAAGGACUGAGCUAGUUACAAAACCUAAUGUUUCUACAUCAAAUAAAAACAUCAUUAAUCUUCAACGAAGAUCUGAAAACAACAAUGGUGGUGACGGAGCGUUAUUCACAUUUGUCCGAAAUUUUAAUAAAUCUUGUCAAACAAAAUUUCAAUUAACCAUAAAUUAUUUGAAAAAAUCAGCACAGCAACAAGAAGAAGAGCAACAGAAAGAAAUAAAAAUCAUUAUGCAAUGUUAUUGUCAAUAUAAAACUUCAUUUAUUGCAUUGGGAAAUUAUUUAACCAGAAUAGGUGUAAAACUGAUAUUCUCAACCCUGCCAAUUUAUUUAAGGAUUAAUAUUCCACAAAAUCAAAGUUAUCAAGACGGCGGCGAAGUUUGGAUUCUUCCUAGUUGCGAAGUUGGUGAAUUGGCCUUUGAUGGUGAGAUAGUAAUUGAUGGAGGAAACAUCGAACCAACAAUUAAAAAACUUGAAGGAAACUCAAUUAAUGUCCUUUCUUUUGAUGGAAAACAUGAUCAAUCACAUUCACCUUUAAUUGUUAGUUGGGGAACUCAGUAUGUUUAUUACGACAAAGAAAAUUUGACAAUUGAGACAGAGUAUGUGGAAGAAGAUGAUGAAAUCACAAUUUUAUCAUUUUCAAGAAUUCCAUCUGAAAAUAUUGUAACUGGUCAAAAUAAAAUUUAUCCACUACCGUUUAUUUUUAAAAAACAAUUAAAAGCAGGAGCAAAAAUCACCGUAAAAUUGGAUUUGAGGCCACAACUUUUCAAUUGGGGCACACGAUUAACAAAUUUCAAGGAAUUUCAGUGGCGACCUAUUAAAGAUUUUAAAUCAGAUGGAAACAUUUUGAAGAAUUUUUAUACUUCAGGACAUAUAUUGUAUAGUACACAAUUUCCUAAUACAAGCUAUUCUAACAGAAGCAAAGUAAAGCUUUCUAUAAACAUGAGACAUAGAUGUACAAUUUUUGUUAACGGUAAAUUUGUUGGAGGCCAUACAACAUAUUCUAAACAGUUUUUUUUCCCAGGUGCAAAGACCGGGCCUGAAUUAUUGACAUCUUUGGGUGGAAAAAAUUACGAGAUUACAUCUUAUUUGCACAAAUCGUCAUCAUCGCCAUCAUCGCUCGUAGGAAACAAUAAUCAACAGCACCACGAUGAAGGUGACAACAACAACAAUAAUAAUGAAAUAGUAAUAUUGGUAGAUAAUUGGGGAUUAAGUAGACAGUCAGUAGUAUUUAACGAUGCAUAUAAUCCAAGGGGUGUAAUCUCAUCAUCGAUAUCAGGAUUAAAAUCUAAUACAAAGAUUCAAUGGUAUAUUUGUGGAGUUGAUGUUAGGAAAUUGAGUAAUGCAUAUAUAACGAGUGGAAUUCCUGAUGAAUUUGUUGAUGAUGAGGAGGCUGAAUGGAAACCUCUUUAUGAUGGUGUAAGAUGGUGGAAUUUCAAGUUUACUCAUCCAAUUCAAAAAAAAUUCCAAAAUAUAAUUAAAGCACCUUUAAGAUUGGUAUUGUUUGGUCGAUUUACAAGUUAUAUUUACUUGAAUGGGGUGUUGAUUGGUAGAUAUUAUGGUAAUGGAGAUUGUUCACAACAAAAUUUUUAUUUGAUGGAUGGAUUAUUAAAUCAUUCUGAUGAUAAUUUCAUCGAAAAUAAGCAAAGUUUUACUCAUGAAGAUAGUAAUGAUGACGAAGGCCAACAAAAAGUUGUAAAGAAAAAUAAUUCUAGCAAUAAUAGUGGUUUUAAUGAAAUUACUCUGAUGGUUUAUUCAUGGGAAAAUGUCAAUCCUGAAAAUAUUAAAGUUGAAAUUAGGGGAUGGGAAAUUGAUAAAUAUUCAGGAAAUCUAAUUAAAAAUACUAAAGAUGCUACUACCGAUAAACAAGUACCUAAUAACACAUCUGCACCACCACCACAAGAAAAUGCUAAUGGCGAUCCUAGUCAUCAGAAAGAAAAACUCCCUGUCCUAUCUAGAUCACAGAGAGCUGGUUUACAGUUUCCAGUAGGACGCAUUCACCGAUAUUUAAAGCAAAAAACUUUAAAUAAUGCAAGAGUAGGAGCAAAAGCCGCUGUAUAUUCUGCCGCAAUCUUAGAAUAUCUUACAGCCGAAGUCCUUGAAUUAGCAGGAAAUGCAUCUAAAGACUUGAAGGUAAAGCGUAUUACACCAAGACAUUUACAACUUGCUAUUCGUGGCGACGAAGAACUGGACACGCUUAUUAAAGCCACAAUUGCAGGCGGUGGUGUACUACCGCACAUUCAUAAAACAUUGUUGAACAAGCCAAGUUCUAAAAAAAAGGCCACGCAAUCGUAA